AUGGCGGGGCCGCCCGGCGCCGUGAGGACGCGGAGCAGCUCGCCGGGCGCCGCCGCGCUGCCCGCGCCGCCCGCCGCCGCCCUCGACGGCGCCUUCCUGCGCUCGCCGCUCGGCGGCCUCAUGGGCGCCCAAGCCGUGCUUGGCUUACUGGUGUGGGCUCUUAUUGCUGCCACAACAUACCACCUCCAUCCGGCAUACGGCUGGGUGAUGUUUGUAGCCAUCUUUUUCUGGAUAACAACAGUCAUUUUCUUUGUGAUAUAUCUCCUGCAACUUCACUUGAAAUUUUAUGUGAUUCCCUGGCCCCUUGUGCUAGUGAUCUUCAACGCUACAGCAACUGUCCUGUAUAUCACCGCUUUUGUAACAUGCUCUGCAGCUGUCCAGCCUACAUCGUGGCGCCAGUGGGAUUACAACAGAAGAGCGGCAGCGUCUUUCUUUGCCUGCCUCGUGAUGAUUGCCUAUGGGGCAAGCACCUUCUUCAGCUUCCGUGCCUGGAAAGGACUUGGCAGCAACGCUGCCACCAGCCAAGUGGCUAACCAUGCCUAAGAAGCAGAAAGUGAAACACAGCCCUGGACCAUUCCAAGCCACUUUACAAUCAGGCAGGAGUAGGACAGCUCUGCGGAUUUGCAGUGGGUUACAGAGCCUCUCACAACAUCCCGUCUCUUAUUUAAAUCAGCCUAUGUUGGUAGUGACAGUCAUUACUGGCCCAUGUGCCAGCAGUGGUGUGGAAGUUGUUCUGUGGUCUCUAAUGAUGCUUCCAGUUGACGUGUCCACAGUACAAACCCACCAGAACCAGUGCUGCCCCUGGCAGCCAUUUGCAGGAAACCAAGGAUUGACUGGAAACUGAAAUUCCUCCUUGUCCUUGAGAUUCAUUCUUCCUCUCACACAUCCCAAAGGAACCACAUCCUUGCUAGAGCAGCUCAGUUGAGAGGACUUAAUUCAGCACAUAUCAUCAACACUAAAAUACACUAAAACCAAACCCAAGUUCCUGUCUCUGGUCAUUAACAGCUAUAGUGUAAGUAACCGCAGUUAAUUCAAUAUGUAAAUGGUGGCAGAGCUAGAGAACGUAGACUAAGCAAAACAAGAAGUCUAAGCUGUUAGUACAUUGAUUCCUAAAAAAAUGGAAGCACUUUAUGUUUUAAAUAAAAAUCUUCCAAAAUCCAAUACUUCAGUCUGUCAAGAAAAAGUUUUCAAUAAAAUUUUGCAUCCUAUCAGAGCAAA